AGUCCCGCCCACCUCCGCCUUCUUCUCCAGCAGCAGAUCGAGCACACUGUCACACACCCCAGAACUCUGACAACCCACAUCCAUCUCUAGCUGCUACCAGCUGAAGCACACUAGCACCAAGGAAGACGCCAUGGACGCGGUGGACUCCACGUCGCCGCCGUCGCUGCGCCACAAGCUGCGGACCACCGUGUGCGGCUGCUUCGGCUCGCCGGGCAGCGGCGACGAAAGGCCGCAAAGCGGCGGCAGGACCAGGUGGAGGCGGCGGGCGGCGGCCGCGGGGGAGUUCAGGUACGACCCGCUCAGCUACGCGCUCAACUUCGACGAGGGCGGCAGCGGCAGCGACGACGGGGCGGAGGCAGAGAACGCGGCCUUAAGGUACCCGAACUUCAGCUCGCGCCUGCCUCUCUCGCCGGCGCCGGCGUCCCGAGCCGUCGCCAUCGCCUGAAGUCCUUUGCUGCUUCUGUAGCUUUUGUCUCUCUGAUAUUUCUUCUUCUCCGAGUGAGACUGAAUCAGCUCUGUAAAAGCAGUUUAUACGGCCGUGCAAAUCGUCGCGCUGUACUAAUACCAGUGCACCAGUAGCAUCAUGUAUGCAUAUAGGAAGCAAUCAAACAAUUUUCUCAAUGCAAGAUGACUUCAUUUUCUUUUGGA